UAAAGUUCUGAAGUCUAAACCCUCCAAAACCCUCGUCUCUCACACUCUCUCAGAGUCACAGCUCCCCAGUUCUCUUUGUAUCCAUCAUUCGAUUUUUCCCAAAGAAUUUCUGCAAGUUUUCGAAUUAGAGAUAAAGAUGAGAUCUUUAAGAGGUAAAGCUUCGAACCUUGCUGUUAUUUCUAAGUAUUUCAAUUCAAAUGGGUCAGCUUUUCCCUUAUUAUUUAGAUUGCAAUUGUUUAGUUCUACAAUGGAUGGUCAUAAUUUUAAUAAGCAGUUCAGAAAUUAUAGUUAUAAUAGUCGUAGAAAUGAUAAUUAUGUUGAUCAUGAUGAUGAUAAGAAGUUUUCUGGGAAGAAUAGAGGAGAUUUUAAUGCACCCCAGAAAAAUUUUAGGUCUUCAGGAGGUGAUAGACAACAAAUGCCUCAAUUUAAUGGAAAAACUGAUUACCCAGAUCGUAAUUAUAGGCGUCAAGGAAGAAAUGAUGGGUUUAAAAAUCCCUUUAAUUUUGAUGAAGGAAGUGGGGCUGGAGGAGUUGAUUUGGGUGGGGAUCAAGAGGGUAGGAAGAACUAUCAGCCAUCGGUUAGCGAGCUCUUGGAUAGGCAGGGACCGGCGAAAGGCGAGGAAAGGGUUAGGAAAGAAAGGAGAGAGAGUGAAUUUCUUGACAAGUUUAAGCUUGGUGAUGCAAGUAAGGUGGAAGAGAAAUCUGAUGAGGUAGAGGUAGAGGAAGAGGCGAAGGCGAAGGAGGAUUCUGUGGUGCAGCCUCAGGAAGAGAGUAUGGCGGCGCCUAAGAAAGCUGAUGAGAUUUUUAAGAAAAUGAAACAAAGUGGACUGAUUCCUAAUGCUGUGGCAAUGCUUGAUGGGCUUUGUAAGGAUGGUUUGGUCCAUGAAGCUAUGAAGCUUUUUGGGAUGAUGCGCGAGAAGGGUUCAAUGCCGGAGGUUGUUGUGUAUACGGCUGUGGUUGAAGGGUUUUGCCAGGCGCAGAACUUUGAUGACGCUAAGAGGAUUUUCAGGAAAAUGCAGAACAAUGGGAUUGUACCGAAUGCAUUUAGUUAUACUGUUUUGAUCAGAGGUCUUUGCAAGGGGAAGAGAUUGGAUGAUGCUGUUGAAAUUUGUGUGGAAAUGCUGGAAAAUGGUCAUUCUCCAAAUGUAACUACAUUCACUGAGCUGGUUCUUGAGUUUUGUAAGGAGAAGGGAGUUGAAGAAGCACAAAAUAUUAUCCUUACAUUGAAACAAAAGGGGUUCCUUUUGGAUGAGAAGGCAGUUAGAACCUAUCUGGACAAGAAUGGUCCAACAUCCCCUCUGGUAUGGGAAGCAAUCUUCGGGGCUAAGAAGACCGCGCACAGGCCAAUCUAAGCUUCCCUUGCCGAAAGAUCAUCUGUUCAAGAUUUACCUUUCAACUAAUUUCAACUCACUUAGUUAUGCGAUAACUCAGGUAAUUGUCUCUUCCCUAUUGUUUUUCUAGCUUACAUGUACCCACAUAUUUUGCAACUAAUGAAUGAAAUACGAGUCUAUUCUGGAUUUAGAAAGGCAGGAGAAAGAAACGGGUUUUCCGUUAUGAAUACUUUGUUAAUUUUUGAAAUGUGCAGUGCACGUGGUCCGUCAUUACUGGAGAGAUGCAUCAUUUAUUUAAGGGAUGUUUGAAACGAGAAGGCAUCCUAUUAAUUUAGGCUCUCACACCCAUCUGUCUAGGAAUUUUUUAAGACUGCAGAAGAUCUUUGUGAUUUGGUCGGUCUUUAUUUUAAGGCAUCCUUAUAGUUUAAGUUAGCCUCAAGUUGAAGGAAAAUGGUAUUAUUUUUCCAAGGGGUCAUGGCUGGGCGGUUUUAUGCUCAGGUCUCUCAAUUUAAUGAAUGAACAUUAGUAUUAUUCCUAAGGUGUUACCACCCAUUAAUAUUAGUUUAUCCCUAAUGAUUCUCCAUGA